AAUUAUCAAACAUCAACGGGGUAGACAUACGCUCACACGCGGACCUUUGCUUACUCGUGAUUUUUUCUCGUAUUACCUCGAAAACGUUUUAUCGUUUACUGCCGACGCUGAAAAACCCGUUCCGCACGGCCAUGUUUGUCGUGGCAAACGUUUCACCGACUAAAUCCAUCGUCUACCAUGCCGUCUUUGGGAUACGUUUUCUUCGACGUCUUGUUCGACCACCUACGAAAAUUUACGCUACGAUAUUAUCACGACUCAAGUUUUGUGCUUUCCGAUAUAGUUUUAUUAAGGGGUCUCCUCUUCCCUUCGAUUAUUUGCGAUAGCAUCGGUGAAAACGCCAAACCCGUGCAAGGUCUUUCGAGCAGCAUACACGGACAACGUAGCCCUCGAUUACCGCCUGCCCUCGACAAAAACUUGAAAUGGAGCAAUUAGGAGAAGGACAAGCCGUCGUUGUUGGAAGUACUGGUGGAACGGUACAAGUUGUUCAAAUGGGACAAGGAGGACAAGCUAUGAUGUUACCUCAAGCUAUACAAGUAGCAGCUCCUAACGGACAGAUUCAAGUUGUUCCAGUUUCCAGUCUUACUAAUACGGGCCAACAGAUUGUUAUACAACAACCACAAACGCCUCAAAUUAUUCAAACUCCCGAUGGACAGACUUAUAUUUAUCAACCUGUUCAAAUAGAAGGCCAAGUUCAACAGACUCAACCUACCGUUAUAAAUAUCAAUGGAAAUCUCAUGCAAAUAGCUGGCACUACUUCACAAACUACAACCACAGCUGCAACAACAGCGCCCGUACAACCGUUAGCUAGUCCAACAGCGACGGCUUCGCAAGCAGGGAAUGUAGUUAUGAUGGUGCCAGGAAAUAGUGGACAAACGCAGUUUCAAAGAGUAGCAUUACCAAAUGCGGAAUUCCUAGAAGAGGAACCUCUAUACGUGAAUGCCAAGCAAUAUAGACGCAUAUUAAAAAGGCGUCAGGCACGAGCCAAAUUAGAAGCAGAAGGAAAAAUUCCAAAGGAAAGACCGAAAUAUCUUCACGAAUCUCGUCAUCAACACGCAAUGAAAAGAAUUCGUGGCGAAGGUGGUCGUUUCCAUUCGGGUCAAGUAAAGAAACGGAAGUAAGUGCCUGUGUAUUGUAAAAUUUGAACGUACGUCUCUCUUCAAUGAAGUAAAUAGUGUCCGACUAUGCGUUCUGAUAAAACGAAUGCAAAAUUUCAUAAUUAUCUAAUUGAAUCAACACCGAAUUCUGUUGGUUACUGGAACAAUAGAAAGUGUAAAAUAUCAUAAAAACUUGGUCAUCUAGAACUAUGCGUAUAAACUAUAAGAACGUGCAUUCUUCUUGUAUACAUUCAUUUUGGUACCAAAUGUGAAAUUAACGAACUAAAUAAUGUUACUUCGAGAUAUGUGUGUUUAAUGUUCGAAGAGAUAUUAUAGAGUUUAUUACUUAUACUUUUUCUAUGAUAUUUAAUCGUAAAAAUGGAAAAACGAAAGUCUGAUUAAUAAUUCAGUGAUAUUUGAAAAGAUUGGCACCAAUCUCUCUGACGGUCUACCUACUGUAGAUAUUUAUUUAAAAGGAGAUUGAAAGAGAGAGAGAUGCGUUAAGGAGAACUAAAGAGAAUAAAACGUGUGAGUCAGUGAUGAAAUUGAACUCAUAUUCGUGACUAAAUAACACAUCUUUGAACAUACAUAUAUACCCACUCUUGUAAAUAAAUAUCUUUCUCUCUCUUUUAACACAAUGGAAGGUCGAAUAAGAACUUCACUUUCGUUAGAAUUUGUAUAUACUAAGAAACAAACAAACAAACACAAAAGAACACAAAGUCAAGAAAUAAUAAAAUGCGGUGUUUAUGUCUGUAAUAUUUUUCUAGUGCUUAUUUAUCUUGCAAAUCGAAUGUGAGCUUGGUAAAUCAUAGUAAAAUAUUGGACUUUGUUAGAAGUGAUACAACGAUGACGAUGUACGAUACAUACAUAUAUAUAUGUAUAUAUAUAUCGAUCAA